AUGAACGAAUCAAGCAAUUAUAAUGAUCGAUUUCGUCCACGUGCGCAGUCACUUUUUGAAGCUCGUCAACGAACGAAUACAGAACUAACAAUAUCACUACUCGAUCGACUUAUUUCGCCGAGAAAAGUAACCGACUCUUCGGAUGAAACUGCAACACCGACCGAUCCGUGCGAAAUCAUCGUUCGAACUGGAACGAAACCGACGUUAUUUUUUAUUUUUCAACCGCUCGUCGCUGGAUUUCUCGUCUUUCCAUUGCUGAUACUCUUUUGGCAAGCUGGAUGGAAUUUUAUGGUCGAAUGGCUUCAAACUUCAACCGGAAAACAUUGGAGUGUCUUGCCAUUACUCUAUUGCUUAGCUCAACUGAUCUUUCUUUUCAUCUACAUGGAUCAAGAUCGUCUCUAUGAUUUCGUUCAUAGGCAAAAUUCAAGCUUAUUCGUUCGGAUCAUCUUGCAACUUCAUAAUUUACUCAUGGCUUCGAAUUACAUUGUUCAGUGGGUGUCAAUGUGGACAAUCUGGGAUCGUUAUACAUCCAACGAGUGGGUGCUCAUGCUUAUUGUCAGUAUUGCUGCUAUUCUAGCUGUUAUUACUAUCAUGGGACAUCCGUGUGAUCUUGUUUGUGCUCCAUUUAUACUGAGUUAUGAUUCAAUUGAAUAUAAUAUUCGAAUUGGAACACCAUUUCUAACAGAAAAAAUUAGUGAACGUCUUGCUCAUUUUCUUAACUACAUUUUCUAUGAAUUUAUUAUGUCGCUUUUAUCUUUAUUAGCAUGGCGUGGCUCUUAUACAUUACUGGAUGUUUUUCUCUAUCCUAAAGACGCUUACAAGUCAGCUGGCUUGAGUCUAUGUCUUGGUUUUCCUUUGUAUUUUCUUCUUAUGUACACUCAAUCAUGUUCGGAUAGAAUCUGUUCCUUACCAACAUUCUUCUACUUAAAUUAUCCAUCUUUAAUACGAAAUAUUCGUCAUCUAGCUGCAUUUUUUGCUUGUGUUCUCCUCUGGCGAGGCUUUUGGCUAUUAUUCGAUACUUAUGUGGAAAAAGUGCCCUUAGCAGUGCAAUCUCCGUACUUCUUCUAUCUGGUCUGUAUGUCAAUAGCGUUCAUCAUGCUAAGUCUUCUGAGAACGGCUUCAUCAAUUAAUGGUCCUAUGUCACAUAUGUGUGAUAUAUAUGAUCUUUUUCCUCAUUAUCCCAAUUGCUAUUUAAUCUGUUUCUACAAUGAUCUGAAACAUUCAACUUCAAGUAAAAAUUCACCUAUCGAACCAUAUUCAAAUCCAUUUCUGUAA